AUGGAGGGGUCCGCUCCAAUUAAACAAGAGAGCUCUCCAGCUGACUCUGAGGUCAACAUUUCUUUGAUCCCGACCACCGAACAAUUUCCUGAGUCGGAACAAUCCGAUUCUGACCAACAACUCGUUGAAUCUGAGCAAUCAUCGCAGCCCGACUUCGACAAUUCUAACUCCAACACCGACAACAUGGCGUCUUCAGAAAGCCCUCUCGCGAAUAUGUACAUUCCGAACAACCAGUGGCGCUAUGCCCGUGCCUGUAUGGUGUGUUCUAUCAUCAUGACACAGGCUGACUUCCGUAACCGAGGUUGUCCCAACUGUCCCUUCCUCGACAUGAAGGGCUCCCCCGAAGCGAUUGAGAAUUGCACGUCCAGCCAAUUCAACGACGUUCACCUUGUCGUCCAACCCCAGUCCUCUUGGACCUCCAAGUGGAUGCGUCUCAAGGACUUCGUCCCCGGCAUUUAUGCUAUCAAGGUCAACGGCUCGUUGCCCGACGACGUCAAGCAGACGCUGCUUGAAGACAACCAUGCCAUCGUUUCGGCUCAGGGCGCAACACAGACAGCGGGUGGUACCAAGGGCACUGGUACCAAUGGCACUGGCUUAUCACGCCAGGAACGACGACGCCGCGAGCGAGACAACAGUCGUCAGAAGCAGACUCCUGCCACCCCUGCCGCCUCGACCUCGACUUCGGCCUCGGCCUCGGCGGCUGCUGCAGCACUCCUCGCUCCGGCAUCCACUACUUCGCAACGCCGCACCUAA